GCAAAUACCACUACCUCUCUUAAAUCUGCCUCUCACCCUCAUAUUCUCACCUCAUACCACUCGACACCACCCCCGCGAACAACUUGCCCUUUCAACAACGUCCGUCCAUUCGACAAACUCCCAACAGAUCAAAUCAGCCCCACCAUCAGUACCAUGUCGGACGACUGGGAGAGCACCACCAAGAUUGGCAGCAAGGUCCGCGGACCCGGCACUGCUCAGCGCGAGGUUACCAUCAAAGGCAAAAGCGCACUCAAUGCAGCCCAGCGCAGCGGAGCUAUCCUAGCCACCGAGAAGAAGUUCUCUACCGCAAACGCCUCAGGGAACCCAGAGGGACAGCGACUGACCAAAGUCGACCGCGCCGAUGGACCCGUCGCCACGAAGAAGGUUCCCGACGAAGUUGCCAAAGCUCUCCAACAAGCCCGCACACAGCUCAAGAACCAAAAAGGCACGACUAUGACGCAGAAGGAUCUCUCGAGUAAAGCCAACGUCGAUGUCGCUGUUGUGGCUGCGUUGGAAAGGGUCGGAGCAGAUUUCCCGCCUAUGGAUGCAGUGCUGAAGAUCCAGAAGGCGGCAAAUGUGAGGCUGACCGGGUCGAACAUUGGACAGCCGAUGUUGGGGCCGAAGAAGAAGUAGACUGGUCAUGAUGAUCACAAAGGAAAAGCAGCAGAAAAAGACUCGAAUAAAGUGGUGAAGGCGUGUUAGCAUUUCUUCUUCGUGGAGGUGGAAGAUAUAAGACCUGUCGGUUGCAUUCUCUCCUUCUGUCUGACUCGACAUUAAUGCGAGCAGAUGGUCACGCGCGAAGAAGGGUGGCACAUGGCACAAUUGAAUUAGCGAAUAGCGGUCAGGCAUGAGGAUAACGAGACAUGCCCAGACGGUCAUGUAUCAUGAAGUACAUUUCUACGACCUACUCCAGUCUCUUCGUUCCUGUUGGCUGAUUGACCUGUGACGGUACGUUGCCACGUCGUACGGCAACAUCUCUAGUACCAGGUAACUCUGGUAAUUGGAAAGAGGCCCGCGGCAUUCUCUUCUGCUUCCGAGAUUUAUACCUCUCUCAACACCUUUACGAAUGCUCUCACUACGUGCCCUGAAAUCCCACGGCGUGGUGACCAGCUCGCACACGGAGAUCGUAAGCACUAUAUGCCGACGUGGGACUAGUCAGCGCGAGACACUUAGGCC